CUGCUCCCACCACUUCCAUUAUCAUCAAGACUCCAACGUUCCUUUUUUUCAAAAACCGUUGGAGCCCAAAUCGAUUUUAAAACACUCUCAGAUCUUCCAGUUUCGCCAUUAACAAACCCUUUUCAUGGGGUGCUUUCUGGGCUGUUUUGGGUUUUCUUCCAAGAGAAAACGUCGAAAACCGGCCAAUAAAGUCUUACCUGGAGACCCUAAACAUGGCAGUUAUGAGCCUCUGGAUUCAUCAGUUUCUACCCGUUUUGACAUUACAGAGAACCCCGCAAGCUCAGAUUGUCAUCAGCUCAGCAAUAGGAUAAAAAUUGGGAAGAAAGUAAGCUUUAAUCUGAACAUUCAGACUUAUGAGCCUCUUUCAAAAGAUGAAACGAGAUACCAUUUAUCUGACAGCGAUGGAGAGGAAGAAAAAGAGAAAAAUGGUGCAGAAACAGAAAAAGUGGACUUCUUUACUGUCUCUGAAGGGAAUUCAACUACGUUGAAAACGGGUUCAUUUCCUCCUAAUUAUAGAUACCAGAAUUUGACAGACAGCUAUGAAGGUGAAGAUGAAGAUGAUUUUGAAUACAGCGAAAGUGAUUUGGAUAUCAAUGGUGAUGAGGAGGAGGAGGAUGAGGAUGAGAAUGAAGAUGAGUGUGAUGAAUAUGAAAAUGAAGAUGUUGGUGGGAUUGCGAUUGACAUUGAUGAUCAAAGAGUAACUAAAAGUGAGUUCUUGAAGCAAUUAAGUUCACAACCUCAACAAAUCUCUUGGAUUCAUUCAGCUGAGGACAAAAGCAACAACCAUAUUCAACUACCUGGUCUAAUAGAUGGCAAACUCAGAUCAAUUGAAUCGAAAAGAAAUGGUCGGGACAGGAGCCAGUUUGUGAAUUCUGUAUUGAAUCCAGUAGAGAAUCUCACUCAAUGGAAAGCAGUCAAAGCAAGAGCAGCCCCACCUAAGCCCCUCAGAAAGGAGAAUAAUGCAUUACAACAAGAACCACAAACACCCUUUGAUUUGGAGACAGGUUCCAAUCUGUAUCCUUCCAGUUUAGGACAAAAUCACAGUCAAUUGGAGCCUUUACUGCAAGAGGUUGCUGUUAAUGCGAGCCUUUCAAACUGGUUGGCCUCGCUAAACCCUAAGGAAUCCAAGGCUAGCAGCAUUUCUGUCGAGAAUGUUCCACCAAAGAGUAGCAUAUCUGAUAAGUCAUGUUUACAGGAAGGCAGAGAAGAUACUCCAAGUUUAGAAAUCACCGACUUUAAGGGCUAAUUGUUGGUGGAAAUAUAGGAACAAAGCUUAUGGAUUCAAGCACAAGCAUACUGAACACGUUGUCAAAACCAAGAAGUGAACACUGGAAAUUCUGAGAAUAGAAGUGCAGCUGAAGUUGCUCCUAUUAAUCUUCCUAGUCUAUUCAAGUGUGAUACAAUAUGGGAUUUUGUUGUUUGGGUUUAUGUUUCUGAUUCUUUUAUUGUAUUCUGACUGUUCAUAACCAUAAUGAUUCUGGAUAAUUUUGUGCUGCUGAGUGCUGAUGAAGUGGCUUUGAUUGUUUGUUGUAUGCCUUACUAUUGCACAAAGAUUACUUAAUAUUUUGCAGUCAUUAAAUUUCUUCUGAAA